GGUCCUGCAGUGCGGGGCGGGCGGCCGGCGCGCGGGGCGGAGCGGGGGCGCGCGCGGCGGCGGCGGCGCGAAGUGAGCUGCGGCGCGAGCGGCGGGCGGGCGCGCACCGAGGCGCCGUCCCUCCGGCCCCAGCACCCCGGCGGGACCCCGCGGCCCAGCGCCCUCCUCCGCACCGCGGACAGCUCUCGGCGCCUGCAGCAGAAUGGGGAAACAGAAUAGCAAGCUGGCCCCUGAGGUGAUGGAGGACCUGGUGAAAAGCACGGAGUUCAAUGAACACGAGCUAAAACAGUGGUACAAAGGAUUUCUAAAGGACUGUCCAAGCGGUAGACUGAACCUUGAGGAGUUUCAGCAGCUCUACGUAAAAUUCUUUCCUUAUGGAGAUGCUUCAAAGUUUGCCCAGCACGCCUUCCGAACCUUUGAUAAAAAUGGAGAUGGGACCAUUGACUUCAGAGAGUUCAUUUGCGCGCUGUCCAUCACCUCACGAGGCAGUUUUGAGCAAAAGCUAAACUGGGCCUUCAACAUGUACGACUUGGAUGGUGAUGGUAAAAUUACAAGAGUGGAAAUGCUGGAAAUUAUAGAGGCCAUCUACAAAAUGGUGGGCACUGUGAUAAUGAUGAAGAUGAAUGAGGAUGGUCUGACGCCUGAGCAACGGGUAGACAAGAUCUUCAGUAAGAUGGAUAAGAACAAAGAUGACCAGAUCACACUGGAUGAAUUCAAAGAAGCUGCAAAGAGUGAUCCAUCCAUUGUAUUACUCCUGCAGUGUGACAUUCAAAAAUGAGCUUGUGUACAAUGAGUCAUAGACUGCACAGAAGUUUAAUGUUCCAUUCAGUUUGCAGCUAUUUCCACACACACAAAAAUUUGCUUGGACUACCUAUAAAUGGACUUGCUUCUUGUGUUUGAAACACUUGUGUGCAUGAGAAUGUCAUUUGCUAAAGAAUUUUAAAAGUAUAUAUUAUAAAAAUAAACUGCCACAACGUGAUGUUUGCAAUGUCAUUUCAUAACAACCCUAUUCCUCUGAAGCCUGUGCAGCAGUCCUGUGCUGCAGUGAAUUAUAUUAUUUAUUGUUCAUGUUUUACUGAUGCUAGCUCUGUGUCCUCCUAGACUGAGUAAUGUUAGUGACACUGAAUUCCCAUGGCAAUGUUAACUGUUUAUUAUAAAUCAUGUCACCAUUCUGCUGUAAAGUAGUACUGGACAGACAGAGGGGAAGAGUUCCUCAGCUCUUAAGUCUGAUCCACACAUGUGCUUGUAUUGUCAGUGGAUAUAAAUGUACUUCAUUUGCAUGCCUUUUAGGUUUGCCUUAAUUCUUACCUCAUUUGCAUCCCUUCAAUCUGGAAAGAGCUAUGUCAGAGGAAUGCAGUAUAUUAAAAAAAAAAAAAAAAAAAAUCCUGCUAAAAUGAUCCCUUUAAUUAAAAACAUAUAUAAAUAUAUAUAUAUAUAAUGUUUAAAAUAUUGUUUUAUUGGAAGUUUAAAGGUUUUAUUGGAAGUGUAUUGAUCUCUGCCUGAAUUUUCAAAAGCUUCCACAGAGGUUGCAAUAUAUAUGUCCCAAAAUAAAUUUAUAACAUUUGACCUUUUCCCCUAAUUCUUAUUUCAUAUCUUCAGCAUGGUAAUAGAAAAAAAGUUCA